AGAAGGAAAAGCAGCAGAAGAAGAAGAGGAAGAAGAAGAGGAAGAAGCUUAAGUUGUGUAGUUCGAGCAGUGGCAAAAGACAUAUUUGUGUUUAGCAUCUGUGUUGUAGACCCACUAUGGCUGCAGAGCGGUACCUCAGUGGCUUUGACAGAGAAAAACCGAACUGAUCUCGAUGCUUCAGAAAUAGUGCCUCCAGGCUGUAGGAGGGAGCAGUGUGUCUAACCCUGAGCUGUAACGUCAAGGCAAUGAGUCCGAGAAGGAAGGCCUCGAAGCUGCAGCCUGUGAAGGGCAGCAGUGGAAGUGAGGUGGUCCUCAGGCCUGGAGAACCCAAAGACUACAUCAACGAGCUGUCCCAUGAAGUACUCUGUCACAUAUUCAGGUACCUGCCCAUGAAGGAUAUCAUGUGUAUGGAGUGUUUGUCCAGGAAGCUGCGGGAGGCUGUGUCGCUGUACCUGCGAGUGGUCAGAGUGGUGGAUCUGUGUGCUGGGCGCUGGUGGGAGUAUAUGCCUUCAGGUUUCACAGACGGCAGCUUUCUGCUCCUGUUAAAGAAGAUGCCAGAUCUGGAACAGCUGUAUGGCCUCCACCCUCGAUUCCUAGAGCGGAGACGAGUCCGUGGCUAUGAGGCCUUCAGUAUACCAGGUGUACUGGAGGCACUACAAGCCUGCCCCAAUCUGCUGGGUGUGGAGACGUCCCAUCUUGAGCUGGUGGAGGCCAUCUGGAAUUACAUGCCACAGGUUCAUAUACUGGGAAAGUUCCGCAAUCGGAAUGGAGCUUUUCCCAUCCCUGCUGAGAACAAACUGACCAUCCCCAUUACUGCCAAAAUACAGACGUUACAUCUAGUGGGUGUGAACGUCCCAGAGAUCCCCUGUGUGUCCAUGCUGCGCCACCUUUAUCUCAAAUGGGUUCGUCUGACCAAACCCCAGCCAUUUAAGGAUUUCCUGUGUGUGAGCUUGAGGACUUUUGUCAUGCGGAACUGCGCAGGACCAACUAACUCCCUCAAAUACGUUCCUCUGGUCACUGGUUUAGCCUCGGCUCGGAACCUGGAGCAGUUGGAGCUGGUCAGAGUUCCUUUCCUGGGAGGACUAAUCCAGCAUGUGGUGGAGGACAGCUGGAGGUCAGGGGGAUUUCGGAAUCUUCACACCAUUGUAUUCGGUGCUUGUAAAAAUGCUUUGGAAGUGGACUUGGGCUACCUCAUCAUCACUGCUGCUCGCAGACUUCAUGAGCUGCGUAUUCAGCCUUCACUGACUAAAGAUGGAGUCUUCUCUGCUCUCAAGAUGGCCGAGCUGGAGUUCCCUCAGUUUGAAACCCUUCACCUGGGCUAUGUGGAUGAAUUCUUGUUACAAUGUAAAAUGAGUCAUUCUGAGCUGGUGAAGUAUGGUUUGGCUGAUGUCAUCGAGAACCCAGGAAUCAUCACUGAUAUUGGCAUCAAGGUGGUGAAUGAGGUUUUCACUAACAUCAAAUAUCUACUCGUCUAUAACUGCCCACACCUGCAUAACCCUCAUCACUGGAUCACAGAUCAGUCCCGAUGGAACCGUCUGGUUGAUCUCACUCUAGUUCGCUGUCACGCAAUCAAACUGGAGUCCUUCUCCCAGUUCAUAGAGUUAGUACCCAGUCUGGAGUUUAUCUGUCUGGACCAGAUGUUCAGAGAACCACCAAAGGGCUGUGCCAGGGUGGGCCUCAGUGCGGGAACUGGCAUUGGUGUGUCGUCCGCAUUGGUUAGCAACCAGAACUCCAACAAUGACAAUGACAACAACAACAACCACCACCACCACAACAAUGAGGCCAACCUACCUCCUGCUCCACCACCUGUCAAUAAUAAUAACCAAAGACAACAGCAACAUAAUGCACCAGUGGAGGUGAAUGGGAUGGAGGAGGAGGAGGAUGAUGAAGAAGAGGAAGAAGAAGAGGAGGAAAAAGAGGAGGUGAUGUUGGAGGAAGAGAACAUUGAGGCUGACCCUCAGAUUGUGGUUCGAGGACCAGAAGGAAAGGCGAUGGGUGUAGAAGCUGGCGUGACCCCAGGGCCCAGUCAUCCUACUACAUCACAUCCAGCAGAUGAAGAGCGAGCAGGUCCCAGCGGUGUUGUGCAUCGGUACAGGCCCACUGGCGCCAGUGCCCCCAAGCCCCCUCUGGUCAUUUCAGAUUCAGACAGUGAAGAAGAGGAGGGUCUGGUUUCAAGGCUGAUGCCAACUUCUUGUUCCCCUCAGCCUGCCUCUUGUUCUGCAGGUAAAGGAAAGACUCCCCUGCGGCGUAAUAACAUUGCCGUACCAGCUUUCGUGUCUGUGGAGCAGCCGAAGCUUCCAGUGCCAGAGAGCAGCUGUGAGAAGAGCUGUCAGGUGAACAGUGAACAGAUCAAGGCUGACAUGAAGGCGGCUGCAGAGAACAACCGCAGGACAAGCAGUAAAGGAGUCAGUACUGAGUCUGGGGAGACAGGUGGAAGGCCUGGGGCAGAUACUGGGCCAGGACCGAGUACCGGAAGGACAGGGGUAGGCCAGGAACUGGGUCGGUGAGCAGGGACUGGACCUGCGGAAGGCGUCCAGGGCAUGUUUAGUGGAUGUGGUAUAGUGGUGACAGGGAUGGCCCACAGGUCCACAUCCACUACUGCUGACAGAGGGAAGCAGCAGGUGACUACUGACAGCACAGAGGGGGCCUUCUGAUCUGGAACACAUACUGGGAACAGUUCAAUGAGAGACAGUGGGCUGAAGCAAAGUCCAGGUCCUAGCAGCGUGGAUGGUCUGGGGUUCAGAGGUGCUGCUAGUAACCAGGCAUCUAGAAGAACAGUACCACCUCCUGUACAGGGAGUGAGGCCAUCUGCUACUGGUUCGCAACCGAGUCAGGACAGAGAGCAGGAUUUCAUUCCCAGGCGGCCUUUGACGCGAUCUUGCACACGUAUGUCUCCUGUGUCCCUGGUUCCUGAGACAGAGCUUACACGAACCAGACCUCGAGUUUCAGUGAGGAGAAAACGAAAGGUUGAUAAAUCAACCAGCACUUCAGACCCCGUCACAGAGGAUGAUCACAUACAGGUUUUGACUUUGAAGAGUAAAAACCUGGUGGGCAUUACUCUGACUAACUGUGGAAUCACAGACCUGGUCCUCAAAGACUGCCCUAAGAUGAUGUUCAUUCAUGCCACCAGAUGUCGUGUGUUGAAGCAGUUGCGAAUAGAGAACGCCCCCAUAGUCAAUAGGUUUGACUAUGCCCAAUGUAAGAAGCUGGACAUGGAACAGGUCCUGGAUCAGAUUCUGAGAAUGCCUCCUGAAAGGAACCGCAUCAUCUACAUGCGUCCAAUGCAUCAGAUUGACUCUGUAGCAUUGGAGCGUCAGCUCUUCCAGGGUCCCUAUCCCUAUCACAUCGCUAUAGUUCACGAGUUCAGUAAUCCUCCAAACAUUCGCAACAAGGUGCGAAUUCGAAGCUGGAUGGACACCAUAGCCAACAUCAGCCAGGAGUUAAUAAAGUACGAGUUCUUCCCAGAAGCCACCAGGACAGAAGAAGAUGUUAAGAAGUAUCCAAAAUACCCCUGGGGCCGAGACAUCUAUACGCUGGAGGGAGUGGUAGAUGGUGCUCCUUACAGUAUGAUAACAGACUUCCCCUGGCUGAGGACACUCAGAGCAGCCGAUCCCAACAGCUAUGCCCGCUACGACUUUGAGGAUGAUGAGAGCACUACCAUCUACGCCCCACGGCGUAAAGGCCAGCUGUCAGCUGACAUCUGCAUGGAAACCAUUGGGGAGGAAAUCUCAGAGCGCAGGCAGAGCAGGAGAGGAGUCUUUCAGCGAGUCGUGGUCCUGUUCCUGCAUCACUGUGACACAAAAGGGGAACCCGUGGAUGACGACUACAUCUAGAUCUUCACCAGGCCGUCUGUCCUUUACAAGCAGAGGUGUGAAGCAGAAGACAUCACUGUGACAAGUCCUGCUGUAAACUAGCAGAGAGGUUCUGUUUCAGCGCACCAGUUUUUCCACACGAUGCUCAGUGAUUUUAGAACAAGACAGAGGCCACUAGGGGGCGCUGCUGCAGACCACAUGGAUAAAUAAUGUGGCCAAAAGUCACACUUCCAAAGAAUUUGCAACGUGGUUACUUAACCUGAUUUGUCUCUCUCAUAGGAGGAGGAAAUGCAGUCCACUGGAUGUAUGUGAAACUUGUGAAUGAGUUUUAUAACCCACACUUGAUGCAGAUUUUUUCUUUGAUUUCAGUGAAAUCUCAAGGCACAGAUGAGUGUCUAAGCAUUUCAUUGCAUUCCCAAAUAACAGCUUGGUUUAAAAAAAAAAAAAAAAAGCAUUAAAGGGAUUGCAAUUCCAGCUCUAAGGGUAAAUUCAGUCUUUAUAUUCUGACUUUUAUUACUGGUUGUUAUUAGCCGUGUUUCCAUGAGGUUUUUUAUGCACAUUUUCUAAGUGUUUCUAAAACCAUUCGCUUGAAAAAGGCAAAAACUACUUGAAGGGAGUGGACACGAACAUCCAUAUUAUGACAAAUGAUUGAACACAUAUAAAAUCUCCAUGUUACAAACUCUGGUAACAAACAUUGACUACAGUUACAGCACAAAAUACAUUUUCAGUUCAGAAUUUCUAAUGAGCUGUUUCCAUAACAAAUGAAAAUGAAUAUUCCACUUCUUUUUUUAUUUUUAUCUGUAAGUAAACAUAUAGAUCCUGUUAAAAUCAGGUUUGUUUGUGUUUGUUCUUUCCCCAGAAUUUUCCGCAUGUGGGAGACACCCCACUGUGUGAUGUCUCCCCCUUUUGUUUCUUCACAAGCCUUUGGUUAGGUUCAAAACUGCUUCUUCUUUUUGAUUUCGCAUCCAUCUUUACCAGAGAGGAUCUGUUUCUAUUCCUGCUGACUCUAAACAGGGGUCACAUAUAUCAACCUGCGAUAAAUCUGAUGCACAUUUUAGAUACCCUGUACACGUGUCCAAAUAAUCCUCGUAUUAGUGUGUCCCACUUUUCAUAGUCAUGAAUGCCUAAUUAACAGUUUCCAAAAAGAACAUACCAUUUACAUGACACUUGUAACUAUUGGUUUGCAGAAAAUUUUUUUCAGGGCAGUACCAUGAGUCUCUGUCUCCUUCUACACUGUUGAUCAUUGCUGUGCAUAAUGUAACCUCUAGUGCCACCCUGUGACUACACUACACUUCAAAUGUGCCUGACUGUUUUAUGGAAACAUGGCUAACCUACCAUCUGUGAAAGUCAAAGAAUAAAUAAAAUGAGUUAACUUCAUAUGAAAAAACUUGAUGGGAAAGGAUGGGUUCAUAAUUCGGUCAUGAAAAACAGAAAAACAAAGUUGGGAUUAAGCAGUGAAGGGAACUUUUUGAUGGUGAAUGGGAUGGUUAGAGGACUUUAUCCAGACAACAGGAAACAGUAAUGCUGUAACUCCCCUGUGCACUGCAGAGGAAAAGGCGCCCGUUCAGCCAUUAAAACUCAAGCUACAGCAAGUGUUUUCAGCUGCUUGAUGGUUUUUCAUGAUAUCUGCAGGAACAGGUUGGUCUGAUCUCUCAUCUGUCCUCACAGUCUACCUACCUCUGUUCUAAACACAAGCACUCAGACAGAAAAUGCCUUAGACCCAUAAAUCACUGACCUUUAAUUUCCCUUUUUUGUUUUCCUCGUGGAAUUUGUUCUCUGGCUUCCCAUGUUUAUGGACACACUUAUUUAAGGAAAUGGAGGCAAGGCAUUUCAUCAAGGUGGAGCUGAAAGUAGUUUGUUUAUGAAGGUUUGAAAGGCCAGCUGCUGUCAGAAACAAUAUCCAGCACCAUCUGCAGACUAUAGAUGUCCAUUCUCACAAGCGGGAACACAUGCAGUAAGACAGCGUAGGUAUAUCACAGCAGAAUUAAACUACAGUGACUGCAGUUGGUUUAUGUACAUUCAGACAUUCAUGGUAGAAUUUCUGGUCUCUAUGCUCAACAUGCAUAGUGAUCAUGUGUCUGUGGAGCUAAUUUCCUGCAAAAACAUAACAAUUGCUAUUAUGGGACAGUUUGCAACAUAUGUGCAACAUAAUACUGAAGAAACAAAUAGAUGCUGCUGCUUCGUAAGUACUUCAUAUGUUUUGGUGCCAUUGGGUGACAUUUUCAGCAGAUGGGAAUUCAGGUGGUCUGAGAGGAAACAAGAGUUCUACCCCCUCCAGGCUGUAGAAAAUCUGCCCUAUGAUGGGAGGUUUUUCCAUAGGUGUUUUCAGCCAGGUAGGCUGGUUAAAUGCAGGACUUCAUAGUUAAGGAAGGUGGUUUUGCUUUUCCACAGUAGAAUGAAACUCAGUUUCAUCCAGCUUUGUACUUAAUUGUCUGAUUUGGACUAAGAGGAGAGCGCUGCUCAAGGGCUGUACUUUCAAAUUCUGGCCUGGUUUUUCCUAGAUUUUGGCUCCUGUAGGCCUACGUUUUGGCAGGAAAUGAGCUCCACAUCUGACAGGACAAGUACAUGGAGACAAGCAGGAAAUGAGUGGUCUUUGGAUUUGACCGUGAUUUAUGAUCCAUUAGGUGUUUAUGUUUCACUGUAAACCUGCAGAAAGCUGAAGUUCCAUCCCUUUCAGUUAUGUUCAGUUGUUGGACCUUAAUUUAAAAAAGGAAAAAAUGCAUUUUAGUCAAUGAUGAGACUAUUUUUUUUUAGUCCUGUUUGAAUUAUAUAUCAUUUACACAUACAAUGUCAGUUUAAAAGAUAAUUUGGCAUGUCAAGGAAGUUUCAGUUUGUUGUAAAAUGUUGAGUACUGUUAGUUCAGUAUCAGACUGACCUGUCAUCAGAACUGUCUCUCCACAAUGUGUUAAGAGUUGGUGAAGAUGUUUCUGUUGCUUCAACACCAUCAUGUGAAAUGAGAGAUUCAGUCCACUAGCUGUUUCACACAAAAAUAAUGUGAUUUAAAGGUUAUCUGUUUUAUUGUACUAUACUAUACUAUAUGUUAUCUUUAACACAAACUCCGACUUUCUUGACUUGUAAAAUUAUCCGAUAAAUUGACUAAAAUGUUGUCUUGCUGUUGACCAUGGUUCAUAUUUUUCUGAAGUUAGGUCCCAUGGGGCGGGACCUCAGCUCUCUGCAGCUGGUUUCAGUGCUCAUGUUGUGCAAUAAUGCCGCCUUGUUUGUUUACUUGAUGUUCACAGAUUUAGAAAAGGCUCUGGAUUGUCAGAUGUCUGAUUUGUUAUUUAAACCAGACUCUGGAGAUUUGGUUUUAAAUUCUGAAACUUUUCUUUCUGUACUUUUUUUUUAAUUCUUAACUUGGCCUUACUCUGUUUUUUUUUUUUUUUGUUUUUUUUGUUUUUUUAAAUCCCUCGUUCAGGACCAUUAGAUGAGAACAGGUGACUUUGUUGUGCAUUCAUCUGUUUUCAAACUUUGGACUAAAGGAGGAUCUCCUGCUGCCUUGCUGCUGCUCUUCAAACUCCAGUCCAAUCUUGACCAGAGACACACUACUAGACUGAACUUGUGUGUUCUGUGAUGUGGAGAAAUCAGCUGUUCAAAAAGUGUUGGAUGACUAACUGUUUAUGAAGGAAUGUGAGGUUGUAUACUUGUCUAAUGGUCAGCGGUGUCCUGUGUGACUGCAGAGCACUGCUGUGUAUUCCGUGUGGAUUUUCUUUCAUUACUGUGGAGUAGUGAAGGUUGAACACUUGGAAAUCAGCCUUCAGUUUCUGUAUUGACCUGUACAGAUGUUGUGGAUGUCAGUAUGCUUCCACAGUGUUUAUAUGUUUAUAAGAAAAGAAGCAGACUAUUUCACAUAAUGAAGAAUAAAUGAACAGAAAAUCA